CUGUAUCGUAUAUCGAAAAGUCGCAGAUCUCUUUCAAAAUACCCCGCAAUGGCGUACCAUCUGAUUGGAGUACCCGUCAAAUUGAUCGGAUCAGGAGUUGGUCUUGUUUCGGAGAGUAUACACCACUACAAACACAAAAAUGAAACCAAGUCGCAAGAGAAUGUUGAGGCAGGCAACGUGGUUCAAGGCUCUGAUCUACCAAGUGACGAGCAUCUUGUGAUAGAGGGAGAAGGUGAUGCACCACCUCCGUAUCAAGAGAACGACGAAGAGCAAUGGCAACUCGACGAAGCUCAGGACGAGAUAUCGGGCAGAAGCGCAGUAAUUCUGUCAGAAGAAAGUGGAGCGACAAGAUCUCAAUCCGAGCUCCAACAAUCCGAAUCAUAUAACCCUCACAACCCCAAAGUCGUCUUCGAAAGAUUCAUCGAGAGACAUCCAACACCCAUAAUCCCUGCAACGACCAAACUUUCCCUUCCAGUAAUCGUACCUCAGCGACGUCCAAGAGACCGGACCCGAGGCUUCAUUCGCGCCUACGCUCCCGUCCUUUCAGAAGUCGGAAUCGACCAAGCUGCAUUUAUCGACUUCCUCGAAACGUUCAAUCAAGCCUCCCUCGCAUCGCCACGGAUCCAAGUCCUGAACCUCGCUAGUAUCGUUGUUGGGGCUCUGGGUCAUGCUUAUGGGAUCGCCGUCAGCACUGUUUUGCAAAUCACGGCUCAUAUCUUGGAGGAGAUCCAGGGGAGGAAAAGAACUAAUGAGUUCCUGGAUCGUAUUAAUAAGGAGUAUUUUCGACCCAGGGGUUUGUAUGCUUUGGUCAUGACCUGGCGGCCUGAAUCGGAUAAGACUAGUUCCCCUAUGGCGAGCUCUACGGAGGUGGAUCUUACUUCAACCAUUACAUCUUCGAUGCCUGGCGCUGAGAGUAGCACCUUUGGCAAGGUGCAAAGAAGUUUGAAGACUUCCGAUGGGAAGACCUAUGGUGAUAAGGCAUACGAAAAUUUCGGGUUCUCGGAAGUUGCUCCGCUUGUCUUCCCGCGCCUGGACGAAUUGGAAAGCAACAACUCCGAGGAAGCAAACAAGCUUAAGCAGAAAAUGAAAGGAGCUCAAGGGUUUCUUGCAGAUUAUAUGGAUAGGAGAGCCAUGGCUCGAUACACUGGCAAUAAUCCAAGUUCGAUGCUCACUGAUGCUGCCGGAUCGGAGGCACUGCCAAAGUUUCAUUCGAGAUAUGCGGAUCCCAACCACCCAGCCAGCAGCGGAAAUCUGAUCUCUUUCCUGUCAGGAGGAAAAUUCAAUCCACCUCGACUGGGACAAGGGUUAGGUGAUCCUAAUGUACAACAUUGGGGGAUAGGUUGGAUUGCCAACAAGAUUGUCAUAGCUAGGAAUGAGGCUAAAGAGAAGAAACGAGCUGCACAAAAACAACAAAGUACAGAUGCAACAAAAGAAACAAUUCAGAUGACAACAACGGAACAAGCAGCACCCACUUCUGUGCCUACACAAGAACAGCCUGAACAGAACAAGCCAGCUUUAAGCCAGAAAGAAGUCUACCAGAUGCGCGCCAAAGCUGGCCAAUACCCAGAUGGCCGACCAGGCAAAGGGUCAAACGCUAUCUUAAGAGUCAUUCAACCAGAUGUUCUGUACCUGAUGAUCGUCAAUAUGCCUAGUGAGGAGGAGAUGGCUGCUGCGUCGAGAGCUGUGGAAGAUGCGAAGAAAGUUGCUGCUGAAUCGUAAUCGGGACAUUUGGAGUUGAGGAGCACUUGCAAUGAAAUUCUGAGAUAUUUCAGUGGUAUGGAGAAUCUCAGUAGCUAGAAAUCUGGGUCGGUAGCUGGAACACCCAACAGCUAGAAAUCUCAAUAGCUGGAAAGCACAAUAGCCUAAGUAUCAUGAACUACACUCCUCAGC